AUGCGACACGAUAAGUUUCUACAAUUUGAUUCUGGACCUGGUGAUAAUUGUUUGAUCAUAUUUUCAUCCAAUGAUCAAUUGAAAAUACUUGAGGAUACUGAAGAAGUAUUCAUCGAUGGAACAUUUAAGGUUACACCAGUAAUAUUUUAUCAGUUAUAUACUAUACACGGCGUUUAUCGAAAUAAUAUGUUCCCGUUAGUAUUUGCAUUACUGCCGGACAAAUAUCAGCGAACAUAUCAAAGAAUAAUUAAUGAACUGGUUCAUAUAUGUCCUUUGUGGAAUCCGAAAUCGAUAAUGGUGGAUUUCGAAAAAGCUGCUAUUAAUGCUUUCAGGGAAGUUUUGUUACAAGCACAAAUCAAGCAACAAUAUCGGGCUGUUUUUUUCCAUCUUCAGAAUAGUGUACAACGAAAAGUUCAGGAAUUAGGGCUGAAAAACGCUUAUGAAAAUGAUUCCAGUUUUGCGUAUGAUGUAAACAAGAUUGCUGCACUAGCAUUCCUUCAACCGUCCGAAGUCAGUCAAGACUUCGAUGAGUUUUACCUGUCGUUACCACCAAUAUUACAACCACUAAUGGAUUAUUUUGAAGACACAUACAUCGGAGGACGGCGGCCUAAUGGACGUGCAACACCAAGAUUUCCAAUUGAGUUAUGGAACAUGCAUCAGCGGACAAUCAACCAUUCAAUGCGCACAAAUAAUUCUGUCGAAGCUUGGCAUAGAAGGCCAAUUAAUUCGGUUAUUCAAUGUCAACAUCCGUCAACAUCUCUCGGGAUUUUUAUCGAAAGUAUCCAAAAAGAAGAAAAUUAUAUUCAUUGUCAGAUAGUGAAGAUUAAUGCAGGCCAAAAUUCGAAUCCAAGUAAAAAGUAUAUGGAUUAUGGUAAACGCAAGGGGGAAAGCACGGAAUCCUGGAAUCUCACGGAAUCCAACGGAAUCUCAUAG